AUGCCAAGCAAACGGGUAGCAUCCAGACUCUGUCCAGGGGUCCACUACCAAGAGGUAGGCAGUUAUCUCAAAGCCGUAUCCCGUACCUGCCCCUUUUCCCGUGACUAUCACGCUAACGAUAUUGGGAAAUGGGAUGAAUCGCCCCCCCCUCCUUUUUGUCUCUCCUUGAGUUCUUCUUCCCCAGUCUUCGCAACAGUCCUUUCUCGAAGUUUUCCCACACCAGAGAGAUUCGUUCUCUCCACAUUCUUUUGA